CUCCCACCUGAUCAUCCACCAGAGGAUCCACACUGGGGAAAGGCCCUAUAAGUGUGGGAAAUGUGGGAAGAGCUUCAGGAUCAGCCAGCACCUGAUGAACCACCAGAGGAUCCACACCGGGGACCAGCCCCACGAGUGUGGGGAAUGUGGGAAAAGCUUCAAGAUCAGCUCCCACCUGAUAUGCCACCAGAGGAUCCACACCGGGGAGAGGCCCUACAAGUGCUCAGAAUGUGGGAAAAGCUUCAAGAUCAGCUCCCACCUGAUAUGCCACCAGAGGAUCCACACCGGGGAGAGGCCCUACAAGUGCUCAGAAUGUGGGAAAAGCUUCAAGAUCAGCUCCCACCUGAUAUGCCACCAGAGGAUCCACACCGGGGAGAGGCCCUACAAGUGCUCAGAAUGUGGGAAAAGCUUCAAGAUCAGCUCCCACCUGAUAUGCCACCAGAGGAUCCACACCGGGGAGAGGCCCUACAAGUGCUCAGAAUGUGGGAAAAGCUUCAGCCAGAGGUCCGGCCUGCUUGCCCACCAGAGGAUCCACACUGGUGAGAGGCACUAUGAGUGUCCUGAGUGUGGGGAGAGGUUUCAGAGCAGAUACCGUCUCCUCAAGCAUCAGCAGAUUCACACAGAAUAGAGGCCCUUCCGCUGCCCCGACUGCGGGAAGGGCUUUAAGAAGAACACCCUCGUUACCCACCAGCGGAUCCACACUGGGGAGAGGCCCUAACAGAGUCCCAAGUGUGGGAAGAGCUUCUCCCAGAACUCUGCCAUGACCCAACACCAAGGGAGACAGCAGUAAGGGAAGCCCUACAAGUGCGGGAAGAGCUUUGAGCGCUGCUCCAACUCCAUCCCCCACUGCAGGACCCCCACUGGAUGGUCCACACUGACCCUCGUUGGGCAGAGACUUGGUGAUCCAUGGUCCUGGUGAUCCAUGCUAGAAAGACACGUGGCUGGUGAUCUCCACAUCUUCCUGGCUCCCCUUGGGCACUUGGAUACAGCCAGAGAAAAAUCCAUUGGGAUGCAAAGCGACAUCAGAAUUUCAUAGGGGUGUGGGAGGAUAGAGAAGCGUGGGAAGAUAGGGACAGGAAUGGAAGAUCUCGCACUGGACGGAAAGAUAGGGACCUCCCCUUUCUCCUGGUUCGUUGCGUAAGCAGAUGAAGGUUAUAUAAGGUUGUGUAACCAGGGAGUAAACGUCAUUUACCAUCCUCCAUAUUGGUGUCUGUGAGUAAUUGGCCCGAGCAGCCUGAGGUGGCUGCCGUGCCGUUCUUGAACCAGGUCACCCUGCCUCAGCAGAGGCAACAUAGGGGACAGCACAGUUUUUUACUUUUAACCCCAAAAAUAUCUCACCUUUUGCAUCCAAUCAUUUCUUCGGGUGGCAUCAAGGAAUACUGGAUGGUCUUGGAGGUCUUUUCCAAACGAAAUCAUUCCAUGAUUUAAUUCUCUCUGGCACAUAUGCAUUUUUCACAGCCAAAUAGUGAUGGACUGGAGCAAAACCACAAGAUUUUGGAGACAGUGGAGUGGAAAUUCCUCUAGAAAAGGUUCUACCCACCCAGGCACAGGGAUACUCAGACAGCAUGGACACGUAAAUCCUUUUAUUUUGACCUUGAUUUUCCUUCA